UUAUGAUUAAAACCUGGUAGCCCAAGAUCAUUGAUGGAGCAAAACGCGUUGACCCUCUCAUUUUCAAGAUAGCUAGAGUCAUACCGCAAGAUGAGUAUGGGCAUGACUGUGGAUUGUUUGUUAUUAAGUAUGCGGAAUGUAUCAUAUACGGGAAGAUUGAUGUGAUAGCUAAAAAUUUCGAUCAGAUAUUAUCAAGAUUAUGCGUUGAUGCUCAACUUUUCAAGCAUGGGUGCGAUAAGCAGAUAGAAGAAUAUAAGACUGACUUUGACAUGGUUCCACAGUCUGUGAAGAGGGACAAGAAGAUGAAGGGUGUGAUUAUUGCUUGACAGCUGUUUUAAUAAAUUAGCUUUCUUUUGUGUAGUCAUCUAAGUUUUUAAUUCCAAACUUGAAGUAACUUUUUUGUGAAGUACUGUUAUGUACAUUCAGUUGUUCAUGUGUUAGUUUGUUAUAGAUCACACAUUCAUUCCUCUAGUCUUCUUUUUUUUUUUUUAUGACGGGAAACUCGCAGUCGCUACCCUUCGGGUGCGCACUGGAUAAACCCUCGGACUAACACAAUAGCCUAUAAAUCACGCCAACCAGGUAAACUGCACUGGGCAAGCCCUGUGCGACAAGUUUGACCGAGAAAGUGUUGGUAGGGGGAAACGAACUCGUGACCAAAGGUCUCCGCGCUUACCUACUCCACCACCUCGGUCACCGCAUGAGGGGAUCAUUCCUCUAGUCUAGAUGCUAUGGACAUCAACUCUUUACAGUAAUGUUCUUGUUUAGACUAGUUAUCGUUAUAUAAUAAUAUGAGUGUGUUUGUCCGAUAUUCAAGCAUUUAACGAUUUCAUAUUUAGAUUUAUUUUCUCUCUAGUAUCGAAGCAGGAAUAUCUAUCAUGAUGAUAAGUUACCUUUUAUCAUUGUACAGUUAUAUUGGCUCAAUUUUUUUGUUCAUGCGAUACUCUAUUGUUUAGGAAACCUAAUAGUGUCCAAAUUCAUUGUAUUGAUUGUUUUGAGAAUUUGAUCUUCCCAAGUGUAUUUUCUUGGGGCAGACAAAGUUUUUGUUAAUUUGCAUAUUAUUUAGAAAUUUUUUGGAUAGAAAUUGAUGAUUUUGUAAAACAAAGAGAAAGAUAGGUCUUGUGCAGAGAAAAAUGAUCAGUACAUGACCAUGAUCAGUUGCCUUAUAUAUAUACAUUACAAAAGUUUGCUACCUUGCUUCUAGUCGACAACUUUCUACCAACUACAAUCUUAGCUGUUGACAUGAUAAACCAUGCUGUGAAAGACAUUUUAAUGACAAAAAAUAAACACUACAUGGACUGAUUUUAAUACAUACAAUUGUUACAAAAAGUCAUAGCAAAAGGGACAAAUAAACAUCAACACUCUUGCUUGACACUUUUGCUGGAAACACCAAGACUUUUCCUUAAUGUUUCAAACCUUCCUUUCAAUAAUGACUUGGUUAUAUGUCUGCAUAUUGGUCUUCAGCUUUGAAAUGCACCAGCUUCACUUCACAAUUCUCUUGUGCUUCCCUAAUUGCAUGAUACCUGAUUUUGAUAUGUUUUGUUCUUCCAUGGAACACCGGAUUUUUGACCAUGGGUACAGCAAAUUGGUUAUCACAAAAGAUCACAGUUGCAUUAGCCUGUUUGUGGUUUAGAUCCUCCAAAACUUUUCUUAACCAAACAGCCUGAUCGGUAGCUUCUAAAGCAGCUACAUACUCACACACUCUGCCUCGUCUAUUGAUUGAGCUACACUUUUCUGUUGUACUGAGUUCCAGCAAAUCACACUUAAACCAGCAUAAAAUACAUAACCGGGGGUGCUCUUCAUAUCAUCGAGCGAUCCAGCCCAAUCACUAUCCGUAAAACUAGUUAAAACCAAUUUUUCUGACUUCCUAAACCAGAUUCCCAACCCCACAUUCCCUUUUAUGUAUCUUAGCACCCUUUUUGCAGUUGGAAAUGGAUUUCACUUGGUUCUUGUCUAAACCUGGAAAGUAUAUUUGCAGUAUAUGUAAGCAACUUCUCCUAAAGCUAGCUCAUUAGGUCCAAUCUCCUAAAGCUUUCAUUAUUGCUAAAGCAACGGGACAGUUACACGCAUGAAAUAUAGAUUAUAAAAGGCCAUUGUGUUGGGAAAUCGAGUUCAUUUAUUAAUUCAUGUGGUAAACCACAUGGCUUUGAGACUUAACAUCACAAUCAAUGUGGAGUACUGGGCAAGUUGAACACAUAAGGAUGGGUAUGCACUUAUAUAUUCUAAUCUUAUGAAUGUCUUUUGGUAACCAUAGGUUGUCUCGCGUUAUAUCGGUUAACUAGUAAACUUUGAUCUUAUUGCAACAAAUGAACCAGUUGUUUUAUUUAGACUUGUUAUUGGAUUUAACUGAUACUCUUUGAUUGUAAUUUCUCACUUCUAGGAAAUGGAUCGGGAGUUUCUUUUACGCAUGUCUUACAUGGAGAUCUACAAUGAGGAGAUAAAUGAUUUGUUGGCUCCUGAGCAUCGGAAAUUGCAAAUUCAUGAAAGUAUCGAUCUAUUAGUUUGCUUUUUCCACCUAUAUGACUACUUUCAUUGUGCAGAUAAGUACUAAUCGUCAGUGUCUCACAUUCUUUUUGUUUUUCUAUAACAUGAAGCGAGGGAUUUUUGUUGCCGGUUUAAGAGAAGUAAUUGCGGCGUCUCCUGAUCAAGUUCUUGAACUCAUGGAAUUUGGGGAAUCUCAUCGUCAUAUUGGGGAGACAAAUAUGAAUGUAUACAGCAGUAGGCCACACACGAUAUUCCGCAUGAUUAUUGAGAGCAGAGAGAAAACUGAUGAUGCAGAAGCAGACUUGUCAUGUGAUGCAGUUCGUGUCUCUGUCUUGGUAUGCAGUUCGUAGUCCUCUCUUUGUUUCUUCAUCUAUUUAAAAAUUCAUCUCCUAAAUUAUUAUUUUUAAUUGCUUUUUCAAGGGAAUAAAUAAUCAUGUUUUUGGCUUUGCUGUUAUCUUAGACUUGGUAAUCUAAAGUCUCUUCUAAGGUAAAAGCUUAUUUACGAACAUUGAAAAUUAAUAAUAAUGAUUUAGUACAUGAGCGUCUCUCAUAGGGGAUUUCUGUUGUGACUAUCAAAAAACACCCACAUCUUUUAUUUCAUUCCCCAUCUUCCAGGAGGUAUAGCUGAUAGCAUUUGUGAAAUCCUGAGUUCUCCAGCUUGUCUAUGUUUCUAAUGGAUUUAUCUGACCCUUUUUGUUGGGGUUUAAAAAUGCUGAAGAGGCUGAAAUGUUAUGGCCUUGUCCUGAUGGCUAUAACUUGGUCUAAAUGGUUUGGGAGGAAUACUAGGAUUUCUUAGAUUAUAAUUAUAAUCUCAUUGCUUAUAGGAUAGAGUUGUGUUUUGUCAUCUUCGAGGGCCAAAGCUGUGGGGCUGUUUGCUGAUUUACAAUUCUAAGUGUGCAAUGUGAUUUGAAGGAAUUUUUUAUUUUGGGAUGCAGUGGUGUUUGUCAUUUUUAUGUGCAAAUGUUUUGCGAUUAUA